AUGCCGGAACCAAACAACAACGGGCUCCACUCCUUGAAGACAAACGCCGAGGUGGCCGCCAUGGCCGCCUCUGGUGUUUAUGCUGCCAACGAACUCGGUAAAGCAAUCUCAGAUGACUACAAGGAUGCCAGCGACCACUAUAUGAAGGCUGCAGUCGGGGCCGCCGUCGCGGUUGGAGCAUUCCAGCUUCUCCAGAAGCAGAAACGGAAACGCGAAGAGGACGAGUACGACAGCAGUGAAGAUGAAGAACAUCACCACCGCCGCCAUGAGCCCCGGCCCCGCCGGUACUCAGAUCAUGAACAUCGCCACGAGUACUCGGAGUCGCCAGGACACACCAGGCGGCUCCUGGAGGAGGCUGUAGGGGCGUACAGCUUGGGGAAAGAGCUCUUGGGCGACAGGCGGCAUCAUGUCAUCCACCUGGUCACAGAGGCUCUGGGAGCAGUUGCCGCUAUCAAAGAGGUCAACCAGAGGAGCAAAGAAGCUCGAGAAGUCUGA